AUUAAAAAUAUGAAAAAUAGAAGACCAAACUAUGUUGUUGUCUGUGUCAAUGGUUUCCACAGUUUGAUUAUUUUUAAAAAUCUUUAAAAAGGGGCCAUCAGUUUUUAUCUACCUGACGUGAUCUAGUCUUUCCUUUUCUUUUCUCCUUUUCAAUUGGGUUUGUGGGUAUUGAAGAGAAAUUGCUAAAUUGGAAACCUUUCAUUUUUGGAUGUGGCAAGUGGUGGGAUUUGGGGUGUUAGUUUGAUGAAAAGUGGGUUUUGGAAUUUAGGGUUUUUGAAGAGGAAAGGAGAGGAUGGGUUUAGGCAGUGAAGAAGGUAAAGUGAAGUCUUCUUGGGAUGUGUGCAAAUCAAAGGAGAGGAAGAAGAAAGAUGGUACAAAGGCGGGGUGUUGGGUCAAGUUAAGGCUUGUUGGGAGCUGCAUUUCGUCAAGAUCCAAAGUGGAUAGCUCUGUUAGUGGGACUAGUACCCAUUUUGAAAGUAAAUCCAUAAAUGAUGCAAGCACAGACCAACCAGCUGCUCCUGUUGUCUCAUCCUCAACCACAAGUAACACAGAAAGUAAUUCAUCCCUUUCCAAACUUGAAGAGGAGCUUAAAGUUGCUUCUCGACUGCGGAAGUUCACAUUUAAUGAUCUCAAGCUGGCAACUCGAAAUUUUAGACCUGAGAGUCUUCUUGGUGAAGGUGGCUUUGGUUGUGUUUUCAAGGGAUGGAUUGAAGAAAAUGGAACUGCUCCGGUGAAACCUGGUACCGGCCUUACCGUUGCUGUUAAAACCCUUAAUCAUGAUGGGCUCCAGGGUCAUAAAGAAUGGCUGGCUGAAGUCAAUUUCCUUGGUGAUCUUGUUCAUCCUAACCUGGUUAAACUGAUUGGUUACUGCAUUGAAGAUGAUCAAAGGCUACUAGUUUAUGAGUUCAUGCCUCGAGGAAGCUUGGAGAACCACCUGUUUCGACGGUCCCUCCCUCUUCCAUGGUCUAUAAGAAUGAAAAUCGCUCUUGGUGCUGCCAAAGGUCUUGCCUUUCUUCAUGAAGAAGCUGAAAGGCCAGUGAUUUAUCGUGAUUUCAAAACCUCCAAUAUAUUAUUAGAUGCGGAUUACAAUGCCAAGCUUUCUGAUUUUGGACUUGCCAAAGAUGGUCCUGAGGGAGAUAAGACCCAUGUAUCAACCCGAGUGAUGGGAACUUAUGGUUAUGCAGCCCCAGAGUAUGUAAUGACCGGACAUCUUACGUCAAGGAGCGACGUCUACAGUUUUGGUGUGGUCUUGCUUGAAAUGAUAACCGGCAGGAGAUCCAUGGAUAAGAACCGUCCUAAUGGAGAGCAUAAUCUUGUUGAGUGGGCGAGGCCAUAUCUAGGGGAGAGAAGAAGAUUCUACCGGCUGAUAGACCCUCGACUUGAAGGUCACUUUUCAAUAAAAGGUGCCCAGAAAGCUGCACAGCUGGCUGCUUAUUGCCUUAGCAGGGAUCCUAAAACCAGGCCUCUAAUGAGUGAAGUGGUCGACACAUUGAAGCCUCUGCCCAACCUCAAGGACAUGGCGAGCUCAUCAUAUUAUUUCCAGACCAUGCAAGCUGACCGGGUUGGGUCUAGCCCAAAUGCCAAAAAUGGUGUCCGCGCACAGGCUGGAUUGUUAUCUCGGAAUGGGCACCAACAAAGGAGUUUUUCAAUACCACAUGGUCCCCAUGCUUCUCCUUUCCACCAUCAAUAUCCCCACCAAUCUCCAAGACCCUGUGGUAAACCAUAGCGCACAGGAUCAGCGAAGUAUCUGCUUCUUUUAGCUGCCUCUUGUCAUUCAAUUUCUUUUUUCACCCCUUUCUUACUAAGAUGUAUUUUCUGGGGAAGCAUUUGUUCUUGUACAACUGAGAAGGCAACUGAGAAGGUAAAGGGGGGACAUGACCCUAUAUGUUGUAUUUAGAAUCUUAGUCGAUUGCCCUCUACAGUCCAGAAAAUGUUAAGGAAUAUUAAGUCCUGUCUGAUUGAAUCGUUUUUCAUAA